CAUCACUAUUGUUUUACUUUGGCUACAGCACGUGUGUUUUCGAAAAGCGUUAAAAAUACGAAGAAUUAUUGCGACAAUUGACUUAAAACCAUGGUACCCAAUGAGAAGAGCUUUCCUCGUGGUGGGAUAGUCCAUCAGGAGAGUAAAUCGGGCAACAACGAUUCGAAUAUAAUUUUCGGAGCCACACAGAAAAAAAUUAGAAAAGCACCAAAAUCUAAGGACAAGCAGCCUAAUGAACUUGACCAAGAUGAGACAAACGUUGGUGAGCAGCUGGAGGCUUUCUCGGCCGAGUCAUUGAAAUUCGAUACACUACAAGAGGAGAUGCUCGUUAUGGGAGUGGUCAGAGAAACAUCGGCAACAUCGGUGCAAGUUGCCCUGCCUGGACGAUUAACGGCUCGUGCUCUGGUGGCUGAUAUAUCUGAAGCCUAUGCCCAUGUAGCCAAAGCUGCCAUGGCUGGAGACACAAGUGAAUAUCAUGAUUUAACCGAAUUAUUCCAUGUGGGCCAAAUAGUCUAUGGACGGGCCAUAAAGACAGAUCAAUUGGAGGCCAAGCGUAUUACUGUAAUACUCUCCCUUAGGCCAGCCGAUGUGCAUAGCCAACUGCAACAUACGAGCAUCAAGAAGGGAUUCAUUUUUUCCGGAGCUAUUGCCGAAAUACAGGAGCAUGGCUUCAUCAUCGAGACGGGCAUACAAGGACUACAGGCCUUUGUACCCCAUGAUGAGUCAAAUGAAAAUCAAUUUCAUGUGGGACAAUUGGCUUUUUUGAAGGUCAAGCAAAUCACACAUGAUAAAAAUCAAAGCACUUGCACAUGCCAGAUAAUCUCUGAUCAGAAUAAGUUAAAAAUCAAAAGUCAAAACGAAACUAAUCUGGAUUAUUUACUGCCAGGCAGUAUAGUUAGAUUCAAAGUGUCCAAGCAGUUGAAAGAUGGCCUCAAGGGAAGCAUAUUGAAUGAGAAUUUUGUGGCCUACAUUAAUGAGCAUCAUUUGGCCCAUCCACUGCAUACGCUCCAGGAUUAUGAUCUAAACGAGGAGUACAAUGCCCGAGUACUCUAUACGAUGCCAUUAACCAAGUUGGUCUAUUUGACACUCAAUGUAGAGAUUAAAGCCGGACCAGAGCAAGAAGUGGAAGAUGAAGCCGAGGAUCAAACCGAGCUCAAAAAAGGCUCUAUUGUUGAAAAGGCCAAAGUAUUGCGUUUGGCUAGCGGUGGUGUAAUUCUCCUUCUUAAUAAGCAAUCCAAAGGACUCAUCUCUUAUAGUUGCAUCAAAUCUCACUAUAAGGGAAACUAUGAUAAGGAUGAAGUUCUAUCGAAAUAUGGACGAAAAACGAAACAUAAAGUUCGUGUCUUGGGCUAUGAUCUCAUUGAGUCCCUCUAUUAUUGUUCGGAUGAUCCGAAUGUUGUCAAUGAGAAACUCUAUACGUUAGAAGAUCUCAAUCCGGGUGACCUUGUUUCGGCGCGUCUAGUUAAACAGGAUAUCAAGAUUAAUGGUGGAUGGAGCUUGAAACUAGGAAAAAUCAAUGGAAUUAUUGAUGCCCUAUACCUGGCGCCGGGGCAACGUUAUGAAGUGGGUCAACGUGUACGUUGUCGCAUUCUCGAUGUCAAUUUGGAACGACGUACAUGCUAUCUAACUAAUCGUCCUGAAUAUCUAAGUAAAAGUGCCAAACUAUUGACCAAUUUGCAAAGUGCCCAGGAGGGACAAGUCUUUACUGGAACCGUGGUUAAAAAUGAGUUAAACUUCUUCCUUAUAAAGUUCUGUAAUGGCCUAAAGGGAGUCCUUUAUAAACAACAACUAAAGGAUCAGUUGAGCAUUACUGAAGGACAAACAAUGAAAUUUCGGAUACUACGACGACAGAAGGAACAAAUUAUUUUGGCCCUACCGGAGGAUAAAUUUCUAUUGGGUGAAAUUUGUCCAAUUGAGAUAACUAAUAGUUUGGAUUCGGGAUUACAAUUUAAAAUUAACUAUGGCCAAGAUGCCGAUGAGGAAGAAGAGGAUUAUUUGGGUCUCAUUCCGAUAAGAUUACUUUCGGAUUACCCAGAGUUACUACAUGCCCAGAAACGUAUCUAUCCAGUGGCCACACAAACGGAGGCCGCUUGCAUCAACCAGAACAUAUUCAGUGUACGGGAUGUACCCUACUUCAGUGAGCAUGAAACAAAAGAUUGGCAAUCCGUGCGAGAAGGUGACAUCUUAAGAGCAUAUGUUAAAAAUGUUACCGAUCAGGUUAUCGAUGUCCUGGUACUUGUAAGGAAUUACAAUAAAUUGGUGAAAUUGCAUGUAAAGAUGUUACGGCUAAAUGCCGUAAGGGAUGCCUCUGUUACACUGGUCCCGGAGCAAUUGCUCUAUGUGAAAGUUCUUAGCAAAGAGCCAGAGACGAAGACUCUAACCGUAUCGGCGAAACUAACUGAUGUAUGGAGCGGCAAACUAACUGAAACUGCCGGCAUGGUGGAAAGUUACCUUCAAGAAGUAGCCCACAUUAGAUCGUCGGUGAGAAGCCUAUUCUCCGCCCCCAUAGCCAAAUAUACGAUAGGUGAGAAAAUUAAUGUCGUAUUCAAAGGAAUAGAUGCAGUUUCAAAUGACUGGCUUUAUUCGGUCGAUAAAUCACCAAAAUUGACUGCGUUACUUGUGGCCAGUCUAGCACCUUCUGGCCAUGCAAAUGCACCAGCAAAGGGCAGCAAACAUCAGGCUGUGAUUCUUUGGAUUGAUUAUGCCAGUGAUGUUCUUCUGAUAAGCAAUAAGCGAGUGGACAUUGAACAUAUCACCACGAACACAGAUUUACCACAGAAUCUGAUGGGCAAAGCUGGCAUGAAGGCGAAAGUAUUGCUCAAAUUGGAAUCCAUUGCUAUAUGCUCGCUCAAAAAGAAGGGCGUGAAUCCUUUAGUUUUCUGCCCAAUUCGCCUGCAUACCAACGAUGUUGAGAAUUCGGCCAGUGCUGGACUUAGACAGGGAGAUUUUUGUAAUAUUGGCUUUAUACAUGAUCACUUGCCCAUAGCAGUGCCAGAAACGGUAUGGAAACUCUGGCGCGGAGUUGGGGUAGGUGUAGUGACCGGAGUAAAGCGAGCAUCAGAGGAGGAGAAACUUUCAUCACCGGCUGUCAAAACUAAAAAGUCCAAAAUGGAAAAGGGUCCACUCUUUUUUGAGGAUAGACAAUCAGCCAAACGCAUGGAACCACCAGCUGCCAAGGAAACAGAAACAGUUCCACUUCCAGCUCGUUUGCCAGGUGUCUUGAACUUCUGGAAUGAAAGUGAAGCUCCAAACACAGCUGCUGAUUCGUCCAGCAGUGAUGAGGCUGAAGAGACUGAGGAACAGGAUCCUAAAAAACGACGACUCAGUUCUAAGGCCAAGGCCAAAGCUCAAGUGAAGGAGGAACAGCGGCUGCGUGAGAUUGAGGAACGCAAUGCUGAUCCAGACGCCAAACCCGAAACCAUCGAUCAAUAUGAACGACUGGUCUUGGCACAGCCCAACAAUAGUUUAACCUGGCUGCAAUACAUAGCCUUCCUUUUGUCCAAUACCGAAAUCGAGAAAGCUCGUGUCUUGGCUCGUCGUGCCAUUUCAACGAUAUCGUUCCGCGAAUCACAAGAGUUGCGUAAUAUCUGGAGUGCUUUGCUUAACAUUGAGCUCACAUACAAUAGCCAGAAUUUCGAUGAUGUCCUCAAGGAGGCACUCAACUCCAAUGAUCCUCUAGAGAUCUAUCUCAGUUUGGUCGAUAUCCUUAGGAAAAAUAAUCAAAAGGAACGUCUUUCUGGCGUUUUGGUAACCAUUUUGAAUAAAUUCAAAUCGGAACUUAAAAUUUGGUCACUCGCCGCCGAUGCCUAUUUCUGGCUGGGACGUUCCGAUCAAGUUCAUGCUUUGCUCCAGCGUGCCCUGCGAACGUUGCCCAAUUCAGACCAUAUCAAUUGCAUUGUGGCAUUUGCCAAAUUGUUUGCCAAACAUGAUGCCCACGAUAUGGCUCAAACAUUGCUUGAUGAUGUGGUGACCUCCUAUCCGAAACGCACUGACAUUUGGUUAGUCUAUGUGGAUAUGCUAAUCAAGGCGCAAUUGAUUGAUGCAGCCAGAAAUGUCUUGGAACGUGCUGUGGUCCAAAAACUGAGACCCAACAAGAUGCAAGUAAUUUAUAAAAAGUAUUUGCAACUCGAAGAAAACUUUGGUACCGAGGCCCAUGUGGCCAAUGUUAAACAGCAGGCAGAGCAGUGGGUUAGAAACUAUGCCAAACAAGCUGGAGCAGCAAUCAAUUAGGAAUUUAUCAUUUAAAAUUAAGUAACUAAAUAUACACUUGCUUUCAUUA